CCCUGCAGUAGUGCUCACAACUUUCUCAUAAUGCAUUGUAGUAUUUCCUAUGUCCUGGUGUUUUGCGCUCUGCUCCAUCCAAGUGAACAGCAAUGUAGUGUGGACAUCAAAGAGCGUGAAGAUUGUGGUUUUCCCGGGAUAAGUGCUAUGGAAUGUUAUUCCAGAGGCUGCUGCUUUAAUUCAGGUGUUCCCGGGGUUAAAUGGUGUUUUUACCCCAAAAGCACAGCAAGUGACAAGAAACAAUGUAACGUGGAACCAUACAGCAGAAGGGAUUGCGGCUACCCCACAAUAAGUGCUGCUGAAUGUAAGAAGAGGAGUUGUUGCUUUGACUCCAGCAUUCCUGGGGUUAACUGGUGUUUCUUCUCCAAGUCACAAGAUAAAUGGCAAUGUAACGUGGACAUCAAAGAGCGUGAAGAUUGUGGAUUUCCUGGGAUAAGUGCUAAGGAAUGCUUUUCCAGAGGCUGCUGCUUCAAUUCAAGUGUUACUGGGGUUAAAUGGUGUUUUUACCCCAAAAGCACAGGUAACGUGGAACCAUACAGCAGAAGGGAUUGUGGCUACCCCACAAUAAGUGCUGCGGAAUGUAAGAAGAAGAAUUGUUGCUUCGACUCCAGCAUUCCCGGGGUUAACUGGUGUUUCUUCUCCAAGUCACAAGAUAAACGGCAAUGCAGUGUGGCUAUCAAAGAGCGUGAAGAUUGUGGUUUUCCCGGGAUAAGUGCUAAGGAAUGCUAUUCCAGAGGCUGCUGCUUCAAUUCAAGUGUUACCGGGGUUAAAUGGUGUUUUUACCCCAAAAGCACAGAUAUACUGCAAUGUAGCGUGGACAUCCAAGAGCGUGAAGAUUGCGGUUUUCCCGGGAUAAGUGCUAAGGAAUGCUAUUCCAGAGGCUGCUGCUUUAAUGCAAAUGUUCCUGGGGUUAUAUGGUGUUUUUACCCCAAAAGUACAGCUAGUGCCAGUGACUCAUCUACGGUGCUUCCUCCUGUGGCAAGCGAAGGUUCGAGACCAUACAUGGAGACUAUUCCGGUAGGAGGGGUGGAUUCCAUUUCGACAACUGCAAAGUUGACAGACAUGUUCGGAACUGCCAGCCCUUCAGGAUCUGAUAAACUGCAAUGUAGUGUGGAUAUCGAAGAGCGUGAAGAUUGUGGAUUUCCUGGUAUAAGCACUGAGGAAUGCUAUUCCAGAGGCUGCUGCUUUGAUUCGAGUGUUCCUGGGGCCAAAUGGUGUUUUUACCCCAAAAUCACAGUUCCAGUGACUUGUCUCCGGUGCCUCCUACUCCAGCAAGCGAAGGUUCAAUACAACACAUGGAGACUAUUCCGGUGGAAAGGGUGGAUUUCAUUCCUGCAACUGCACAGUUGUACAUGUGUAUUAAACCGUGUCCCUGCAGCUGCUAUGGAACUAUAUGUAAUACCCACCAAGGAUCUAUGUAUUUGGCCCUGUCAAAGGCCGUGCAGUAGUGCUCACAACUUUCUCAUAAUGCAUUGUAGUAUUUCCUAUGUCCUGGUGUUGUGCGCUCUGCUCCAUCCAAGUGAACAGCAAUGUAGUGUGGACAUCAAAGAGCGUGAAGAUUGUGGUUUUCCCGGGAUAAGUGCUAUGGAAUGUUAUUCCAGAGGCUGCUGCUUUAAUUCAGAUGUUCCCGGGGUUAAAUGGUGUUUUUACCCCAAAAGCACAGCAAGUGACAAGAAACAAUGUAACGUGGAACCAUACAGCAGAAGGGAUUGCGGCUACCCCACAAUAAGUGCUUCUGAAUGUAAGAAGAGGAGUUGUUGCUUUGACUCCAGCAUUCCUGGAGUUAACUGGUGUUUCUUCUCCAAGUCACAAGAUAAAUGGCAAUGUAACGUGGACAUCAAAGAGCGUGAAGAUUGUGGAUUUCCUGGGAUAAGUGCUAAGGAAUGCUUUUCCAGCGGCUGCUGCUUCAAUUCAAGUGUUCCUGGGGUUAAAUGGUGUUUUUACCCCAAAAGCACAGCAAGUAAUAAACAAUGUAACGUGGAACCAUACAGCAGAAGGGAUUGUGGCUACCCCACAAUAAGUGCUGCGGAAUGUAAGAAGAAGAAUUGUUGCUUCGACUCCAGCAUUCCCGGGGUUAACUGGUGUUUCUUCUCCAAGUCACAAGAUAAACGGCAAUGCAGUGUGGCUAUCAAAGAGCGUGAAGAUUGUGGUUUUCCCGGGAUAAGUGCUAAGGAAUGCUAUUCCAGAGGCUGCUGCUUCAAUUCAAGAGUUACCGGGGUUAAAUGGUGUUUUUACCCCAAAAGCACAGAUAUACUGCAAUGUAGCGUGGACAUCCAAGAGCGUGAAGAUUGCGGUUUUCCCGGGAUAAGUGCUAAGGAAUGCUAUUCCAGAGGCUGCUGCUUUAAUGCAAAUGUUCCUGGGGUUAUAUGGUGUUUUUACCCCAAAAGUACAGCUAGUGCCAGUGACUCAUCUACGGUGCUUCCUCCUGUGGCAAGCGAAGGUUCGAGACCAUACAUGGAGACUAUUCCGGUAGGAGGGGUGGAUUCCAUUUCGACAACUGCAAAGUUGACAGACAUGUUCGGAACUGCCAGCCCUUCAGGAUCUGAUAAACUGCAAUGUAGUAUGGAUAUCGAAGAGCGUGAAGAUUGCGGAUUUCCUGGUAUAAGCACGGAGGAAUGCUAUUCCAGAGGCUGCUGCUUUGAUUCGAGUGUUCCUGGGGCCAAAUGGUGUUUUUACCCCAAAAUCACAGUUAGUUCCAGUGACUUGUCUCCGGUGCCUCCUACUCCAGCAAGCGAAGGUUCGAUACAACACAUGGAGACUAUUCCGGUGGAAAGGGUGGAUUUCAUUCCUGCAACUGCACAGUUGACUGACACGUUUGGAACUGCCGGCCCUUCAGGAUCUGAUAAACAGCAAUGUAGUGUGGACAUCAAAGAGCGUGAAGAUUGUGGAUUUCCCGGGAUAAGCGCUCAGGAAUGCUAUUCCAGAAGAUGCUGCUUUGAUUCAAGUGUUCCUGGUGCUAAAUGGUGUUUUUACCCCAAAAACACAGGAUGCUCUGUGAGCCACGAGCUGAGGAAAGACUGCGGAUAUCCCAACAUCAGCUCCAUGGACUGUCUAUCCAGAGGCUGCUGUUUUGACUCCAGUAUUCCCGGGACCAUCUGGUGCUUCUAUGGAUAUAAAUAAAAUACAAAUGAUUCUCAGUAUAACUGGCUUGGAACAAUCACCGGAGUGUCCGUACAGACAGCAUCCUGAUUCUGUGUGCUUGCUUUUUUUUUCUGAUCUGUAAAUGUGAUUUUAUUAAACUAGAGAGCUGUCCUUAUUACUUAUUGAGGUUUAGCAUAAAAAUUGAUCAUUUCUGUAAGUGUUACAGCACUAUAUGUACUGUAAUAGCAAUGUUUUGUAGUCCUAUAUGUGGAUUUCCUUUAUCAAUACAUUGAUUCCUAACAUACUUCAUCCCACAAAUCCCAUUUGUAUAAUCAAAUACUUAAACAAGUCCUUAAUGCA